CCCAUUUUCAGUCAUAUAUUCGUGUGGCUUUCUUUUAGUUACGGAAUAGAGACACCCUCGUACGCGAGUCAUAAUCUCUCGCAUGAAUAAAGCUUAGACAUGCUUAUAUGAGUCCCCUUGAGGUGCUACGAGAAGAGCGGCCAAGCGCUAGGACUCCAAAUCCGGCAACGUCUUACGUAUCUGAGAAUUGGUUUGGGGUAUAUAGUGGUGGAUAUCGUCAAAUGCGGAAGGCCUCAAAAUGGGGAACCUUCGAAGAAGCUCCGUGGCCUGCAUUGGGUUCGCGGUGUUGGCAGUUCUAGCACCCAAAACAAGUGCCGUGCACGACAAUGGAUAUCAGAUGCACGUGCUGAAGAAAAACCAUAACGUCCUUCGUCACCCCAAACGCGAGGCUGUCUGUCAACAAUCCGGCUUCACGUUAUGUCCCCAAUCAGCGGACGGCGGGUGCUGUCCUGAAAAUUAUGCCUGUGCUGUAUCGUCCUGUUAUGCCGCAACAGCUGGACCUACAUCUGCAUGCGGAAAAACGGGAUACUACGUCUGUCCACUGACUGCUGGAGCAGGUGCCUGUUGUCCUGUGGGUUAUCUUUGUGGGAGCAGCACCCAGGACUGUCUCCCACCUGCCGGGUCAUCAUACUCGCAGUCGUGUCCCUCAUCAUGGUUCGGUUGUGCGUCUUCUCUUGGAUACGGCUGUUGCCCAGACGGGAUGGUCUGCGGUACCGCUACAUGUUAUGGGACCUCUCUAAAAACGCUCCCGGUAAGCGAAACGGUAACCACCACUGACUCAAAGGGGUAUACUAUUACGACAGUAGUCACGAGCUCUUCGGUUAUAUCUCCAGGUCCAGAUCCAUCUGAUACCUCAUCUGCUACAGUUGCCGGUGUGCCAAAAUUGAUUCCCAGUACUGUCUCCAAGUUACCGUCUAUUGAAACGGGUAGCAGUGGUGGCAGUAGCGAAAGCAGCGGGAAUGGCCUCAGUCAAGCUCAGAUCGGCGGUAUAGUUGGGGGUGCUAUCGUUCUACUCGCUGUCGUAAUCAUCAUUGCCGCCAUUAUCCUCUGGCGACUCAAACGGACAGAGAAAGCUGUCGAAGCCGCAGCUAAAUCCAGACGCGAGAACUCCAAUUCCGACCCGCGCUCACAGAAAUCGGGCUAUGGGCAAAUAUCAGUCUCGGAAGUCGACGGUACGGAUGUGGAUUCAUUUAUACGAACCCGGAACGCCCACUUCCGGUCUCGAUCGGACUCGUCGACCGCCGGCGAGCAAUCACGUUCAGAAACGCCGAAUUACUAUGGUUCCAACGCCUCGGCGACGCCGCCCUCUUGGCCAGGGCAUUCUGCCCAGUCUCCGGGGAUUGACGCAUUAGAUGGUCGCCAGUCAAGGUCAAGUCCAGAUUCUUACGGUGCACAUCACGAUAACGCAUUCUCUCCCCAGCGGCCCAGCGUCGACUCCGAGGCUCAUCGUACACACGUGCGCCAAUGGAGCGACGUAAGCGAGCUAGACGGCAGUGUCGUCAGCGCUCACGGCGUAUCGGAAUUAGGCAGUCCGGACGCCCUCGAAGCCGCAAGACGGCGGUCUAACAGUUCAACACGCCCCCCUAAAGUUCAGGUCAGACGGUCGAGCGACCCGUCCGGCAGUUCGCGAGGAGCGCGCGGCGAGGGCGCAACGCAAGGGGUGGCUUCUCUAGGAACUCUGAACGAGAUCAGCGAACUGCACGGAUACUACGGAUCUCCAGAUCUUGCGGUUGGGCAAACUGCCGCGAGGUUGAACAAGAAGGGAUCUACUAUUAGCUCUUCGCCGGGACACGAUACCUAAAAAUACUGUAUUUCGGUGCUGUUUUAUAUUGUCGAAAUCAUAAUGACGCCACGGUGAAUGGCUUGCUUGCAGGUCCAUAAGAUACGCACAUGAUGAAUGUAUACUGUCGUUAGGCGUGCAUUGACUAAGGGCCUAAAUUGGAGGAUGGUUUACGAAUAUUUUUAUUUUUCUACCGUAUUUUGGUGCGAUGGGCUCAUACGGCGUGUAUUGGUUAUACCCACACAAUCCUGUUAUUCUUUUGUAUGCACCCUACCUAGGUAUAUAACCUCGGAACCGACACUAGGCGCUGUAGGAAAAUUGGCUCAUUUAUGAUACUAGGCU